AUGUCCAUGCAAAUGAGUGAGGCGGACAGUGUGGUGAAGGUGGCGGAGUGGCAGCAGACCUACUAUGCCUCAGACUCUGGCAUCCAAUCAGGAGCCACCACAGUGCGGGAUGAUGAGAGCAGCACUGAGUACAGCAGCAGUAAGAAGUACACUGGCAGUACUACAACUAGUACUACCACUGCUCCUGCAGAUGUAGACGCUCAGUACUCACUAACCCGGGCUCAGCGCGUCAGGGCUGCCAUGUUCCCGGAGACCUUGGUGGAGGGGGAGGCGGCCAUGCCUGUCCAAUCAGAUCCCUCGCAGCAGAGCAAUGUGCAACGACUGGCUGAGCCCUCCCAGUUGCUAAAGACAGCCAUCGUUCACCUGAUAAACUACCAGGACGAUGCCGAGCUUGCCACCAGAGCGGUGCCAGAGCUCACCAAGCUGCUGGCUGACGAGGAUCCGGUUGUGGUGAACAAGGCAGCCAUGAUAGUAAACCAGCUGACCCGUAAAGAGGCCAGUCGUCGGGUGCUGGUGCAGUCUCCGGCCAUGGUGGGUGCUGUGGUGCGUGCCAUGACGACGGCGGUUGACAUGGAGACAGCUCGUUGCGCAGCCAGUGUGCUCCACAGCCUGUCGCAUCAGAGGGAGGGACUGCUGGCCAUAUUCAAGUCUGGAGGGAUACCAGCACUGGUCCGCAUGCUAAGUUCUCCGGUGGAAUCAGUUUUAUUUUAUGCCAUCACCACCCUCCACAAUCUGCUGCUGCACCAAGAGGGGGCCAAGAUGGCGGUGCGUCUUGCCGACGGUCUACAGAGGAUGGUUCCCUUACUGAAAAAGAGCAACCCCAAAUUCCUGGCCAUUACCACUGACUGUCUGCAGCUCCUGUCCUACGGCAACCAGGAGAGCAAGCUAAUCAUACUAGCCAAUGGGGGCCCAGAGGGUCUGGUAUUCAUCAUGAGGAACUACAACUAUGAGAAGCUGCUGUGGACCACCAGCCGUGUGCUCAAAGUGCUGUCUGUGUGUCCCAGCAACAAGCCAGCAAUAGUAGAGGCUGGUGGUAUGCAGGCUUUGGGUCAGCACCUCACAGGUUCCAGUCAGCGUCUGAUCCAGAAUUGUCUGUGGACUCUCCGCAACCUGUCAGAUGCUGCAACCAAACAGGAGGGGUUAGAUGGUCUGCUGCAGAUACUGGUCACCCAGUUGGGCUCAGAUGAUGUCAACAUGUUGACCUGUGCCACUGGCAUCUUGUCCAACCUCACCUGUAACAACUCACGCAACAAGACUCUGGUAACUCAGUACGGUGGUGUGGAGGCAUUGAUCCAUGCUGUGCUUCGUGCUGGGGAGAAAGAAGACGUUGCUGAGCCAGCAGUCUGCGCCCUGCGUCACCUCACAUCCCGCCACCAGGAUGCCGAGCUGGCCCAGAAUGCUGUGCGGCUGCACUACGGUAUCCCUGCUGUCGUCAAGCUGCUAGGGCAGCCGCACUACUGGCCUGUAGUAAAGGCUACAGUUGGCCUGAUCCGGAACCUGGCACUGUGCCCGGCCAAUCAGGCACCACUGAGGGAGGCAAGUGCUAUUCCACGAUUGGUCAACCUACUGCUGAAGGCUCAUCAGGACACACAGAGACAUGCCUCCUCUGCUCAGCAGACAUACCAGGAUGGUGUUCGUAUGGAGGAAAUAGUUGAGGGCUGCACAGGAGCCCUACACAUUCUGGCCAGAGACCCCAUAAACAGAGGAGAGAUUGCCAGCAUGCAGACCAUACCACUGUUUGUGCAGCUGCUGUACUCAUAUGUGGAGAAUGUGAAGCGAGUGUCAGCGGGUGUCCUGUGUGAGCUGGCCCUGGACAAACAGUCUGCAGAACUCAUCGAUGCAGAAGGAGCAUCAGCACCACUCAUGGAGCUGCUGCACUCCAACAACGAGGGAAUCGCCACCUACGCUGCAGCAGUGCUAUUCCGAAUUUCAGAAGACAAGAGUUCAGACUACAGGAAGAGAGUGUCAGUGGAGCUCACACACUCACUCUUCAAACAUGACCCUGCUGCUUGGGAAAUGGCCUCAGUAAGUUAAGUUAGACAACCACAUCUCUUCCACCCUGACUCUGAGCACUGGGAUCCCACAGGGCUGUGCCCACUCCUCUACUCCCUCUUCACAUAUGACUGCAAAGCCCUGCAUGACACUAACUCCAUCAUCAAGUUUGCAGAUGACAGAUUAGGUAGGCUUAAUCACUGACAGCAACGAGUCAGCCUACAGGGAGAAGGUGGAUCACCUGGCCAGCUAGUGCAAAGAGAACCACCUGGACCUGAAUAUCAACAAGACCAAAGAACUGAUUGUAGACUACAGAAGGACUAAAGCCUGCAUGCACGCUCCAUCCACAUCCAUGAGUCCAAAGUGGGACGUGUUUCCAGCCUCAGGUACUUUGGCAUCCACAUCUUGAGAGAACUCUCUUGGUCCACCAGUUCAUCCAGACUCCUCAAGAAACAGCUGUACUUUCUGAGAACACUUAAGAAAGCACAAUUGUAUCCACAGAUUUUGAUGAACUUCUAUCUGUGAGCAUACUGACACACAGCAUUACUGUGUCGUAUGCUCUGUCACCAGUAGCAAAACCCCUCAGUGGUUGGUGAAAACAGCCCAACACAUCACUGGCACCCAGCUGCCCUGCAUUGAAGACAUCCAUCAGAAACAAUGUUUGCAGAGGACAAAGAGCAUCGUCAAAGACAUUUCACAAACCAUGGACUGUUUACUCCAAUACCAUAUGGGAGCCAAUAGAAAGCCUCCAUCCCUGCACCAGCACUGAGGAACAGCUCUUUUCCAAUUUGAAAUUGCAAAUUUAACACCGUCAG